AUGUUUCCUCCGUUCGACUAUCUCGCGUACCGGCGAGUACGCAAACAAAAGCAAUCGGAGCGCGCUGCCCGCUUCGCCUCGCUGCCUUACCCCUACCACCUGGCCAUCACAGCCACUGAUAAGAAGAUCAUCGACCAGCCUAUUGAAGAGCUCGUCCGCGAUAUCCAGGACACUACUACUUCGCCUUUGAGUGUGCUACGUACGUACGGCAAGGUUGCCGUUCGUGCUCAAGAGCGUACUAAUUGUAUCACUGAGCUUCUACUUCCGGAGGCAGAGUCAUGGCUUGAGAGUGAGGUCAAUCUGAAGGGUCCGCUAGCUGGUAUUCCCGUUUCGUUGAAGGACACUGUUCAGGUCAAGGGAUUUGACACCACUCUUGGGUACUCGGCAUUGGCGGGGAAGCCGUUUACCGAGGAUGGACCUAUGGUUAGGAUGCUGAAGGAUGCGGGUGCCGUUCCUUAUGUCAAGACUGCACUGCCUAUAACGCUUCUUUCCUUCGAGUCUGCCAAUGGGCUCUGGGGUCAUUGUCUCAAUCCCCAUGUCCCUGGCUACUCCCCCGGCGGUUCAACCGGUGGUGAAGGUGCUCUUCUUGCUCAGGGUGGCCGCAUUGGUAUCGGCUCCGAUGUCGCUGGUUCUGUGCGUGUGCCUGCCGCAUGGAGUGGCAUCUACGCGCUCCGCUGCAGUACGGGUCGUUGGCCCAAGGUCGGCGUCAGUACCAGUAUGGCCGGCCAAGAGGGCAUUCCCAGUGUCUUUAGUCCGAUGGCUCGCACGCUGAAUGACCUCACUUAUUUCACCAAGGCUAUUAUCGGCAUGGAGCCUUGGAAGUAUGAUUACUCGGUUCAUCCCAUCUCAUGGAGAGGUGAUCUUGAGACCGAGGCGCAGAGCAAGCCUCUUCGCAUCGGUUUGAUGAGCAGUGAUGGUGUCGUGCCUCCUACACCAGCAAUUGAACGCGCCGUGUCUACCACCGUGGCCGCUCUCACCCAAGCUGGCCACACCGUGACCGAGAUCACCCCUCCAGCCAACGCCGACCCCUUGACCGGCCUCAAUCUAGCUUCGCAGCUCCUCAACUCCGAUGGCUGCCACCACUUCAACGCCAAGCUGCGCAGCUUCGAGCCCUCCGACCCAGGUGCCAUCCAACUCAGCCGCGUCGCCCAUCUACCCCGUCCCCUGCGCUACCUCUACUACCUGUACGUGCGCUACAUCAAGCGCGACACAGUCCUAGCGACACUCGUUCGUGACUUCGGCCCCAAAUCCGCCGCCCAGCUGUGGCCCCUCGUCGCUCGGCGCGAAUCCUACCGCGCAACCUGGCACGCAUGGUGGGACUCCGAUCCCCAGCAAUUCGACUUCAUCCUGUGUCCCGCCAACGCGACCCCGGCACUCCCACACAAAGCCAUGCACGACGCUGUUUCAUCCUGCGGCUACACCUUCCUCUGGAACCUACUCGACUACUCAGCCGGUGUAAUCCCAGUCGGCCAUGUAGACCCCGUCCGCGACGCGCUUGUGGCCCCGUACAGGACAACCCUCAAGCGCUUCGGCGCGGAUAACGCGAUCGCUCGUGGCGCGUGGAAACACUACGACUCGUCCAAGAUGGCGGGUCUCCCCACCGCCGUGCAGGUAGUUGGACGCCGGUGGCAGGAAGAACAGGUUCUUGGCUACAUGGCGGUUGUGGAGGAGGCGCUGGAUGCCUACCGGGAUCCGCAGACUGGGAAGAGCGCCAAGUACCGCCUGCUGGAAAUUGAUUAG